GGUCUUGCUUCCGGCCGACGUGUCUUUCAGGAAGAGGAGCGGGUGACAUGGCGCCUCCGGUCCCCGGCCCAGCCUCCGGUGGCUCCGGGGAAGUGGAUGAGCUGUUCGACGUGAAGAACGCCUUCUACAUCGGUAGCUACCAGCAGUGCAUAAACGAGGCGCAGCGGGUGAAGCUGUCAAACCCAGAGAGAGACGUGGAAAGAGACGUCUUCCUGUAUAGAGCAUACGUCGCGCAGAGGAAGUUUGGCGUGGUCCUGGAUGAGAUCAAACCCUCCUCGGCCCCCGAGCUCCAGGCCGUUCGCAUGUUCGCUGACUACCUCGCCCACGAGAGCCGGAGGGACAGCAUUGUGGCCGAGCUGGACCGAGAGAUGAGCAGGAGCGUGGAUGUGACCAACACCACCUUCCUGCUCAUGGCCGCCUCCGUCUAUCUCCACGACCAGAACCCGGACGCCGCCCUGCGUGCCCUGCACCAGGGGGACAGCCUGGAGUGCACAGCCAUGACCGUGCAGAUCCUGCUGAAGCUGGACCGCCUGGACCUCGCCCGGAAGGAGCUGAAGAGAAUGCAGGACCUGGACGAGGACGCCACCCUCACCCAGCUUGCCACCGCCUGGGUCAGCCUGGCCACGGGCGGCGAGAAGCUGCAGGAUGCCUACUACGUCUUCCAGGAGCUGGCUGACAAGUGCUCACCCACCCUGCUGCUGCUCAACGGACAGGCGGCCUGCCACAUGGCCCAGGGCCGCUGGGAGGCUGCCGAGGGCCUGCUGCAAGAGGCACUGGAUAAGGACAGCGGCUACCCAGAGACGCUGGUCAACCUCAUCGUCCUCUCGCAGCACCUGGGCAAGCCCCCCGAGGUGACAAACCGAUACCUGUCCCAGCUGAAGGAUGCCCACAGGUCCCAUCCCUUCAUCAAGGAAUACCAGGCCAAGGAGAACGACUUUGACAGGCUGGUACUACAGUAUGCUCCCAGCGCCUGAGGCCGGCCCAGAGCUGUCAGGACCUUGAAGCCACGACAGAGGCCAGGAGUCCUGCAGCCCUCCCCACCCGGCACCUACCCUGCGUCCUCUCUGGGGGCAGGAGCCCGGCCCCAGCACCUGCAUCUGUCAAUAAAUGUCUCCAGAGUGUUCCCACCUGA